AUUUCAGAAGUCAUCAUGGCGCUCACUUCCCCAGUCAAAGAGCACCCAUACAACCAUCUAAUUGACACACUGAAAGAUGGAAAGAUCAAGUUCUUCAAUGCACGUAAAUUAAAUGAUCCAAGAUAUGACAAGCUGCCUCUAUCAAUCCGUGUCUUACUGGAGGCAGCAAUACGUAACUGUGAUGGCUUUUACACAAAAGAGGAAGACGUCCAGAACAUUUUGGACUGGCAGCAGCAGCAGAAUAAAGCUGAAGUGCCAUUCUCUCCAGCUCGAGUCCUCCUGCAGGACUUCACUGGUAUUCCUGCCAUGGUGGACCUGGCAGCCAUGAGAGACGCUGUGGCUAAACAUGGUGUGGACCCAAGCCUGGUCAACCCGAAAUGCCCUACAGACCUCAUAGUAGACCACUCGUUACAGAUUGAUUAUAACAAAUGUGCCAUACAGAAUGCUCCCAACCCUGGUGGAGGGGACGGUUCAGGCCAGAGCCAGGGUCCUUCUCGCUCAGCACCCACUCGGCCUCCAUCCAGAGGAGGCUCACAGUGUGGAGGCCAGCGGGGCUCCUGUAGUAAAGCUGCCUGCAGCGACUCUGCUGCUUCCCCAGGUCGACCUUCAGCCUCUGUCCAGCAGAUUGAGAACACACCUCUCCUCUGCCCUUUCCACCUGAAGCCCGUCUCCGAAACUGAAACAGCUGUGAAGAAUCAGGAAAUGGAACUGAUCAGAAACAAAGAAAGGCUUCAAUUCUUCAAGUGGUGUUCCAAAGCAUUUAAGAAUGUGAACGUGGUUCCUCCGGACGUUGGCGCAGUCCACCAGGUGAAUUUGGAGUAUCUGUCCAGAGUGGUGCAGGUCCGCGACGGUUUCAUCUACCCUGACAGUGUCGUGGGAACUGACUCUCACACUACCAUGAUCAACGGCCUGGGCAUCCUUGGCUGGGGUGUUGGAGGCAUUGAGUCAGAGGCCGUGAUGUUGGGUCAGCCAGUGUCUCUGACCCUUCCUCAGGUGGUCGGCUGUAAACUGGUGGGCUCCAUUAAUCCUCUGACCACAUCUAUAGACAUCGUACUCGGCAUCACAAAGCACUUGCGACAAGCUGGUAUUUCUGGGAAGUUUGUUGAGUUUUUCGGACCUGGUGUCUCCCAGCUAUCAGCUCCUGACCGAACCACCAUUGCCAACAUGUGCCCAGAAUACAACGCUACUGUUAGCUUCUUCCCUGUCGACCAAGUCACACUCAAGCACUUUAAAAAGACAAAUUUUGCCCAAGAAAAACUUGAAUUGUUGGAGUCUUACAUGAAAGCUGUAAAACUCUUCCGAAGCUAUGAAGACAACUCAGAAGAUCCCGAGUACUCUGAGGUGAUUGAGAUCGACCUGAGCUCUAUGGUGCCCCAUGUGAGUGGACCGAAGAGGCCUCAGGACAGAGUGGCAGUCAGCAGCAUGAAACAAGACUUCCAGAGUUGUCUUGAUGAGAAGGUGGGUUUUAAAGGCUUUCACAUCGCUAAGGAGAAGCAGGAGACCCGUGUUCCUUUCCUGCACUGUGGUCAGGAGUACCAGCUGGCCCAUGGCUCAGUGGUCAUCGCUGCUGUUAUCAGCUGCACCAACAACUGCAACCCGUCUGUCAUGCUGACUGCAGGUCUUCUGGCCAAAAAGGCUGUGGAGGCCGGGCUUGUCGUCAAGCCUUACAUUCGGACCAGUCUGGCUCCUGGAAGUGGCAUGGUCACUCACUACCUCAAUACCAGUGGAGUCCUGCCUUACCUAAGCCAGCUGGGGUUUGAGGUGAUAGGUUAUGGCUGUGCCACGUGUGUGGGGAACACAGCACCAUUACCAGAAGCUGUUGUAGAUGCAAUCAAACAGGGGGAUCUGGUGGCCUGCGGUGUGCUAUCAGGCAACAGGCACUUUGAAGGCCGCCUAUGCGACUGUGUGCGUGCCAACUACCUGGCCUCCCCUCCCCUGGUGGUGGCUUAUGCUAUUGCAGGCACUGUGGGAAUCGACUUUGAGAAAGAGCCUUUGGGUUUUACAUCGGAGGGGAAGGAGGUGUAUCUUCGUGAUAUCUGGCCGUCCAGAGAGGAGGUCCAACAGACCGAAGAGGACAAAGUCAUCUCCUCCAUGUUUAGGGAUCUCAGGGGAAGGAUGGAGAAAGGGAACAUAUUUUGGAACAACAUCGAGUGUCCGGACUCUGUAGUUUUCCCCUGGGAUCACAAGUCCACAUAUAUCCGUUCACCAUCUUUCUUCAGCAAAUUGAGUAAAGAGGUGCCUCCCCCUCAGUCGAUAGAAAACGCUCAUGCCUUACUGUUCCUCGGGGAUAAAGUGACCACGGACCACAUCUCACCAGCGGGCAGCAUCGCCAGGGUCAGCGCUGCUGCUAAAUACCUGCUGAGCAAACGGCUGACACCGCGUGAGUUUAAUUCGUACGGCGCUCGCAGAGGGAAUGAUGCAGUGAUGACCAGAGGCACGUUUGCCAGCAUCAAGCUCCAAAAUCGAUUCAUCGGCAAAGCAGGCCCAAAGACUUUGCACAUUCCUUCAAACCAGACACUGGACGUCUUCGAGGCAGCUGAUCGCUAUCAGAGAGACGGUAUUCCCCUCAUUAUCCUGGCAGGCAAAGACUACGGGUCUGGAAACUCCAGGGACUGGGUAGCCAAAGGACCGUACCUGCUGGGGGUGCGUGCAGUCAUCGCUGAGAGCUUUGAGAAGCUGCACAAGAACCAGCUGGUGGGAAUGGGCAUCAUGCCGCUCCAGUUUCUGUCCGGCCAGAACGCCGACUCGCUGGAGCUCAGUGGGAAGGAGAGGUUCAGCAUCAUCCUGCCAGAGAGCCUGAGUCCGAGGCAGCAGCUCACUGUCAAGACCAGCCAAGGAAAGUCCUUUGACGUCAUCUCUCUGUUUGACACUGAGAUGGACGUUCUCUUUUUCCAACACGGAGGGCUUCUUAGAUACGUUGCCCGGACUUUGCUCUGAAGCAGCCUGCAGCCUGAUCCCCAACCCACUGACUCCAUGAACAGUAGCCCCUCUUCAUAUAGUGUCUUCAGCAUGGACGGAAAAGACACAGAAGCAACAAGACAGCUGAUGUUUUUUCUCCAGACUUUUUAAACAUCAAUUUAAAGACCUGUACCCGAGCUGCUUCUAAAUCACUACACGUGACUGUUUCUACAUUGACGACAGCAGUCCUCACAACAACAUGAAAACAAAGAAGCAGAAAUGGUGACAUUCACUCAGUAAGAAGAUUGGAUCCUUGACAACCUUUGAACACUGUUUUUUUGUGUUUAGUUGUUGGCAUACUGAGGGGACUUUUCUUUCAUCGUGGAAGUGAGCCAACAAGAAAAUAAUCCUGCUUCUGUUGUCAUUCAACUCACAAAACAAUCCUGCCUAGAAGGGCUGAGAUGGUGCUAGGUACGAUGGCAUGAAUACGUUGUUUUUAGGGUGCAGCACAGCCUGUUUUUUUUCCACCAUCCAAGUCAAAAUUAUGAAUUUCCAAAAUUUGCAGAGUUGAUGUCAAUCCCCAGUAUUUCCUAUUGGGGCCAAACCAUGUAACCAUGAUGUAAAUUAAAGUGCUGUUAAUAUUUCUUUAAUCAAACCGAUUUGCAGAAAGUACACCUGCUUCCUAAUACAGUCACUUUUUAUUGUGGAAAAAUGUUAAAAAAUCUUUUGUUUGCUGUCACUAUUAAGCACUUACAUAAAGAUGGCUCUUACUACAACUGAUAGUCUUCUGCAUCACAUUAAAGGUCAAAUAAAACAGUUUUCCAGCAUUAGGAGGUUAGCUGUUUCCACUGAUGGGGCUAAGCUAAGCUAAUCUACUGCUGGCCAUAGCUUCAGUCUUAAUGUACACACAAUAGGUAUUGACCUUCUCAUCUAAAUCUCAGCAAGAACAGGAAUAAUUGUAUUUCCUAUUGUCACCGUAGUCCACUGAGAGACUUGCUGGUUUUAUUUUUUGACACCUUGCUGAGAUUUGGCACAAAGUGAGUGACUUAAAGUGUAAUUGUAGCGCUUGGUGUCUCUUCAUGCCACUGUGUGAUGUGUGUCAUCGCUGUCAGACUUGUUAAAUAUCGCUAAAGCUCAUUGCAUGAGGAGAUUGUCAGUCCGUCAUUACUGAGAAUUGACUGAUACUCAGUGCUUCAUCAUCACCAGCUACAUUGCAGUUUGCAGAUUUGAAGUGAAUGGACACCAGCCCUGCCUAUAAAACAUCACAAGCUCCAUGUGUUGAGGUCCUGGACUUGUCAUCAAGUCAUCCUACUUCUUUGUGUCGGCUGUGUGAUUUAAUAACUGUACAUGUUGGAACUGCUCUGACUCAGCAAAGAGUAUUUUGGUGGAUAACAGCACAUUCUGAAGUCAUCCAUCCAGUGUAAUAUUACCUACAAUUUGGACUGGAGCCUUUAUGUAUUCAUGUUUUAAGGAGAGCAUGACGACGUUCUGGCUGUGUUUGUGAUAACUUCUUGAUUCAUACCUACACUUGUGUGUGAGAUGUCAAAACCAUUAACUGCCUGAAACUUUUGCAAAACCGUCCUUAAUUUUAAGACUCAGCAAAAUGGUGUUUUGCUUUGACCGACUGCCAAAAUGAGCUGAAACAAGUAGCGAGCAUGUGAUGUUCUCUGUUCUUUGGGUGCCUCAUAUAAAACCAGUCUCUCAUACGGCUUCAUAGUCCAGGACAUGUGUGGUUUUUAGUUCACCAGCGAGGCCAGCCGCCCGCUUUUACAGUUUGCCUUCUUAGUUUGAGCAGGUUGUUGUUAUUUGUCAGUGACAGCAGGACGAAACAUUGUGGACUGAAGCGUACAGCGGCAGCGUCCUCGUGUGGCAGUCAGCUGGUCAACUGCUGCUGCUUCUAUCAUUUCACUUCUGUCAGGCAGCAUAUGCAAACCAAGUGUAUCACUGCACACAUGAGAGGGUGUCUGUAUCUCUGAAUCAUAUUGUAAAUAGUUUUUAAUAAAUGGUAAAGCAAA